AUGCCCUCGAUACGCUACAUUCACGGUCGUCGUCCCCACAUUGCCACUGGCAGUGUGGACUCCAGUUCAGACGACAGUCACUUCAUUGACUACGCCCACCCUGCCAGCCAACACUCAAAGGAUCUGCCUACCCUCUUCGACCAAGACAUCUGGCAAGGAGAUACGGAUACGGAUACGUAUACGCAAGUCGCUCCUUUCCCCUCCUCACCGCCCUCCUCUGCGAGCGGGGCCUCUGCGAGCGGUGCCACGCUCUCCUCCCCAGUGCUUGAACCGCGCUACAAGGACAUACAAGAUCAGCGCGACUCCGUUCGGUUGUGGGACCUCGCCGAUAAAAUCUUCGGUGAUUUGUUGGACUCAAUUGACUUCCCGCUCAUCUACGACCGUCACAUCCGCCGCCACCACAUAACAGAGCAAGACUGGCAAGAAACGAAGACGUACCUCGAACAACACACGUAUAUUGUACACUCCCUUUCGUUCUUUUACGAUCCGGUCAUGGCUACGCUCGACAUUUAUUCUCCCACGAGUUUGCACCAAAUUGUGAACGACUCGAUGGUGAACCGCUACACCGAAUCGGUCCAAGUCAAACAGCAUCAAGCUAUAUCGAUAGACGGGGCUCGAGGACUCAUAACCGACAACAUAGGGCAUACGCCCGACUCGGUGCUUUCGAUAUCCACCACUCGGCGCCUUCCAGACGGCGAUCUGAUCUACGUCGCGCGGGACACGGGUGUCACGGAGACAUCGUUCACCCAGAGUGUCGAUGACAUGGUGGGCCAGCGAUCGACCGAUCCCCUCCUAUUCACCGGCAUUAACAUCGACACCGAAGACUUCAUAGAGCCCGACGCUGAACAUGCGGCCCCCGACUCUGGCGGAUUCAUCAAGGGGGGCGGCGCGGCGAACGACGUCAUAUCCACCGGCUGGAAGCGCGGGGACCGAGUGCUCAUCAAGAGGGUAAAGGCACAGUGGUUUAUGUUCUUACCGGAGGAACGUGAGGACGUGGCGCGAUGUCUGAAAGAGUACCACAACGCGAGAGAUUGGGUAGUAUGGAAGUACGGCGUGCAUCAUUACGAAGCGGGUUCAGAGGCGUUCAUAGCCCACGAUCAUGCGCUACGCAGGUACCGAGAGGCCAUCAUCAGAAUUCGCGCAGUCGCGCACAACCAGCGAGUUCUAGCCAUCCUUAUGGAGGCAGAACAGACGCGGGACAAGAGCGUUUUGAAUGAGCUGAAAGAAUCCGACGUUGCGGACGACCUCACCUUCGAUGAUCCACCGAUUCCUGAUCCCAUCCCGUCGUUUAUUCGAGACAUCCAGGUCGGCGUGCGACAGAAAGCUCAAGAUGAUUGGAGCAGGCACACCUACCGCGUGGAGACCAACAAUGCGGCCACGCUCAACGACGCAGAGGAGCGUUCGCAGUAUCGGCGGGUCAUGGAGACCCUCAAGCGCGUGCUCGACGACGAUGUGGCUGACGGGGAUGAGCAAGCCCUCGCGGACUUCAGGAAGAGGCAGCGCUUCAACACGCCGUCGCCGCCGCCGCCUCCAAAGCCGCGGCAGCCUCCCCGAUUGAAAGUUGAAGACUUCCCGGAGGAGGAGUUGUCGAGCUCUGAGCCCAGCGGCAGUGGCAGCUCUGCGAAGAGCUCGUUUGAGCAGCCGCGUGGCAUGGCGGAUGCUAAUGAGUACGCCCUCGCAACUGGACAUCCGAGUCGUGUUGGAUUGAAUCACAGCCUCCACGCAGAACAGACAUGGGCUAGACUUGUUGGGCGUCUCAUGAAGUCGGUCUCAUGCUCUCUGGUAUCACUGCGUCUCAAGUUUGCUCUGCUCACCUCUAAACGCAAUAUGGCUGGUUCGAACGCUGUCAAUCAUUCCAUCAAUGCCAUUGAGCAGUGUUGUUUAGUCCAGCUGCUCAACAACACUCCCAACCUAAAUCAAGUUCUGAAGAACUUACUGGAUCGAUUACAAGACGUUGCAAAUGUUCCCACUUCGGUUCAGACAGUGGACACUGGAACAUCGGCAGUUGCAGAUCAACGCCAGACACGUUCAGAAACUCGACGUCUGCGGAAUCAAGUGUUGCCGGAAAACAAUGCAGACAACGAGGCUGUUCAACAAAUGUCCUCUCAGACCAGCGAUACCUUAGGCCAGGGCACGGUGGGGCCAACCAGGCAGACGCGGUCAUGCCAACGAAAGACACCGUAUGCGCGUGAAGAGGGAAAUCCUGCCGGGCGAUCUUCUCAGCGGCGUAACGUCCUGCGCAGGCGUUCCCGCUCGCCAUGCUGGCGUGGAGGGGUUCCUUUUUGUCUUCAGGGCGCCGCACCAUCUCUGGUAUGGGAAUCCGAUCAGCAAGCAGCACCGUCACAGUCUUCGAAGGCCACCGUUCACAAAUUCUUCACGAACCUCACAAGCAACUUGACGGAGCAAGCGAUUGUGGACUGUUGCGAGUCCAUGCAACACGGCAUUAGCAGUACAAACGCCAAUGUUCCUCGUUUCGCCGGUGACGAGUCAUUGAAAACACUUGCCAACGAUGCACUCUCGCAUUCAAAGACAAGGCAACCUCUGAUAUCGUCCUUGCGACGAGCUGAUCCGGACCUCACAAACACUGACAUUUGGCGCACCGAGCUGCAAACAACGACCAGGGUUGCCAAGAGAACAUUCCUAGAUUGGAUUUCUCAAGGCAGCAAGUUUGCCUUUGCGGCGGGAGGAGGCUCAGUGUACAUGCUCAUCCUGAUCGCCGUGCAGAACCUCAGAGUUCCUUUAGGAGCGGUGGAUGGCCAUUCAGCCCAGGAAAUAGGCAAUAUGCUGCGAUGGCCUGAUGACUCGCGAGCGGGACAUCUAGUGAAGGAGAUCAUCAUCCCUUCCAUAUCUAACUUGCACAGGCACUAUCCAACCAUGCUGGACGACCUUUUCCCUGUAUCCACCGUCAGAAUAGGAAGUCUUGAGGAGAAUGACGCAUAUUUUGAUGGUCUCAAAUCCAACACGUUCAGCCUUGUUCCGAGGCUGAAGAGCGUGUGGCAGUCGUAUGGCCAAGGCGUUUUGCGAGCUGCCUCUCCUAUUCAGCAACCAUCUCGACUGUCGCCACUAUCACAGUCCCUGAAUCCUCUAUCUCUAUCACCAUUGACCCCAGUAAUGACAUUGUCGCAGCUAUCGUCGCAGCUAUCGUCACCGCUAUCGUCGCAGCUAUCGUCACCGCUAUCAUCGCCGCACUGGUUGCCUCAUUCUUCGCCUCAGUCAACUUUCGAAGCGACGGCGCCGACGCCGCCUAUCCCUGUCAUCAUCACGUCUUAUGACCCUGAAAAGAAGAACAACCUACGAUACCCGGCUCCUCGUGACAAAGCCCAAAACAUUGCCUGGACAGAGACAGCUCGUUCAUGGGCUCGUAAAGCAAUCGUGCCCCUUCAGGAAACGUACAAGGAUGGGGAGAGAAUUAGCCAAGAUGCAUUUGUUCGUGUUCCCAUGAACCUCAUAUCGGAUGCUCUUAAUAUACGAGGGCGGGAUAAUGGAUUGAUCGCGAGUAUCUGCACUUCAAUGCCGGACGCCAUGAAGCGGAACUUGAUGGAUGGACUUGUCGCCUGCUUCGAUUCGGACCCAUUCAAGCCAAUCGACUCAAACUCUGCGAAUGGAGAGAGAACGUUCGAGGCGAUCCAUUUUUCGUGGUACAAUCGUCACUGUACAUCGAGUUCACUGCAGGGUCAUUCUGCGCCUGCGGACAUACCUCCUGCCUUGCUGAGCAGAGCGGGUUGUAUGCGUACGAAUCAUGGUCAAUUCGUACCGUACGUGUCUAAGGACAUGGAAGACCACCAGGCAAUUUACCAGUCCCUCAAGAAUAUAUUUGCAGACGUCUUCAGUUGGAUAGAUGAAAAGCUUCAAACAGUCUUACCGAUGGAAUAUGAACGCCUCGAAGCUACCGCCUCAAUUCUACCUGGUAAUAAUGUGUCAGUGGUUAAUCCGUUCGUAGGCCUAGUGGUCAACUUGAACGUGGUCACCCGAGCACACAGAGACAGUAAGGACGACAGUGUUUGCCUCGUCUUGCCCAUUGGAGAUUUUUCAGGUGACAGAGAGAUGUCGAAGUGGACGGCUGAUGAUCGCAAUGGCUGGGUUUCCAAUGAUCAUUUCAGAUAG